UGGCUUCUGCAUUUAAAAUUAUGAUAAAAUGUUCAAAGGAGCCCACCUCCACUAUUUUGCAUUAGCAGUAGAUUUUAACAAUCUUGUUUCAAGUCUCUAAUGCUAUAUUAAUAUUAGUAUUAAUGUUGGUAUGUGUUAAUCUGAUAUGCUCAAAUUUUUUUAAAGCUUUCUAUGGAUCAGUAUCCAUUAUUUGACAAAUUAAUACAUUUACAAUUUAUAUUACAAAGUUCUUGCUGGAGGGUGGCACAGUGGCUCAGGGGGGCGCCGUCACGUCACAUCUUCAAAGCUGGGGUUUGAAUUCUUUUUCGGCUCUGUGUGCGUAGAGUUUACAUGUUCUGUGUUGCUCAGGUCUCCUCUCAAAACAUGGCUACGCAUAAGAAUGUACAGUAUAUUGACAAAUGUGUUGAGACAUCUGGCCAUUACACCUACAGCAAUGUUUAUGACAUCACAUUAGCUGCAAAUCUUCUAGGAAGGCUUUCCACAAGAUUUUGGAGUGUAUCUUCAGAAAUCUUUGCUGAUUCAUCCAGAAGCACAUUUCAGAGGUCAGGCACUGAUGUUGGAUGUGAAGGCCUGGCUCUCCAUCUCCGUCCUAGUUAAUCCAAAAGGUGUUUGAUGUGGUUGAGGUCACCCAACCAUCUAUGUAUGGACCUUGCUUUGUGCACUGGAGCGUGGUCCUGCUGGAACAGAAAAGGGCCUUCUCCAAACUGUUCUCACAAAGUUGGAGGCAUAGAACUGUCCAAAAUGUCUUAAGAGUUCCCUUCACUGGAACUAAGGGGUCUAACCCAACCCCUGAAAAACAGCCAAUAGGAAUUGAGUACCCAGAAGAAUUCCAGCAGAGACUCAAACCUUAGUCCCAGAGGUGUGGGGCUAACCACUCUGCCGCCAUAUUGCCCCCCAGACAAACCCUUGCCUUUGAAGAUUGCAAGUGUUCUACUCAAUUUCUGGGAGGCAGUGUUUUAAAUCCAUACUGACACAAAACCUUGUUUAUUCGUGUCAUACGUAUUUCCUGGCACUUCUGGAGUAUGGGCCCACAGUAUAGUCUCACAGGAAAGCGUUUGCCAGAUGCUCCUGCUUUAAUUACAGGAAAGUAAGCCUGUUUGCUGUCGCAAAAACAACCUCUAGAUGGCAGUGAAUCAUCCAGCAUUUGUUUUAGUCAGUGAGCAUAAAUGUUGGUCCCCUUUUUAAAAUGAAACCAACUUGUGAAUCCUGUAGCUGAUUAGUGUUUUUCCAAAAAGCCACAUUUGCUAAUGUUUGCAGGGAUUCUCAUUAUAUCCUAGAUAUUCCAUACUGUUACUGGUGUGACUGUAGCACACAAGGGGACACACUACGCAAACUUUUCUAUCCGCACCCACCAUUCCCCUGGAAAUGCUGUCCCGGCAGCACCCUGCACGCUGAUUAGUGGAUUAUUGGUGUUGCAUAAUUUUUAAUUCUCUCUCAUUUCUAUUUCAGCCCAAGUGGCGUGCUGUGGGGGUGGGGGGAGAGGCUCCCAGUGAUGUCAAGUUAAGCCGCUCUUCUCUAAGAAUAUGAAAUCCAAUGCACAUGCCUAUAUAAAAACCAAAUUAAGUAUAUAAAAGUACACAUCCAUCUAUACAUUAUGUCAUCAUCAGCUUGUCCUUGUUUCCUUUUCUCUGAGCCAAAAAUCAGACAGGGAUCCCCUGAGAGUCAAAUGAUUGGUCCAUGUGACCAAUCCCCCUGCUUAGCAAGUUUGACGGCAGUGGCCCAUGACUUUGUGUUUCUUAUGCAAUUUGGGGAAAGAUAACUGAGGAAGCUUGUAGGGAAGGCCACUGGGCCACUGCUUUCAUACAUAUAAUUUCUCUCUAUAUGAAUAUAUCAGGCUGGUACUUUCCUUAGACAGCAAAGCUGCAUCUUUGACUGGCAAAGUAUUGCACAAAACAUAUUUAACAUCAAUUGCUUAUUUUUUAAUUCAUUUGGUACAAAGUUUAUAUAAAAUAUGCUUUAUUUAUCUAAAUUGAGCUGUAUGUCUUGAAGAAAGGCUUUAACAGCUAAGAUUUCAUUAGGCACGAAGCGAAGGUGGAUCCCCAGCUUGAUUCUGCCCCAGACGUUGUUUACUCAGCAGUCUACUGAUUUUCUGUCACCUCCACUUCAUAAAGAAACCAAUUUGCCUGCAAUCCAACAUAAAAUGUGCCUCUAAUGUAGUGCAGUACAGAUCCAGAGAGCAGCUGAAGUGCUACAUUAUCCAGGAAAUGGCCUAACCUUACAUUGAAAGGAAAUUGAAAAAUAAUAGUAAGGAAGAGAUUUUUUUCUCAAAAAAAACUCAGAAAAAAAGCGAAGCUCUCAAAUUCAAAGAUUUUAAAUGCCAGAAUGCUUGUCGUAGUGCCUAAAAUGUUAAAACGCUCCAUGUUCUCCAUUUGGAACAAAUGUCAACUGUAAUAGUCUCCAGCCAAUUUUCAAAGAGUGAUUUAAUAGUGUUGUGCAUUCAUUGUUUGCAAUGCCAGAACUGCAGAACUUCAGUUAAUUAACUGAUUAGCUGAUUGAUGGGUUGGUUGCUUGAUUUCUCCAUUCCAGCUUUAUUGUUGUGUAUUUGGUGAAUACAACAUAAUUCUUGUGCUUCAGCAUCCUGUUUGCCAUAGCAUGAAGUUGGAAGAGAGGGGUGGAACACAGUACAAAACAGUGCUGUAGUUCAGCAAGGUAGCACUAGUUAAUAAGGAGUAGUUUUCAGUUUUAGUUAUACUUUGAAUUUUAGUUAUGCUGAGAAGCUGAGUAUGCCAACAAUUCCCAAAGAAUGAAUGCAAACAUACAGUGUGUAAGAUCUGAGUUUCCUUCACCCAGUGAGAGAACUGGAAGUAAGAAAGCAUUUUCUGUUAUUUACUCACUUCAAAUGAUAAUGCUCCAUGUCAUUUUUUGUUUCUUUUUCAUUUCUGUGGCCAGUUCUUGAAAGUCACUGUAAGAAUGAAUACUUCUUAGCCCCCUAUUUGUUGGAAGGUGAGGAUUUGGAAGAGGUGGAAGCCUAUAUCUACCUGGGCAGUGUUAUUGAGAUAGGUGGAACUGACGCCAAUGUCACAAAUAGGCAACUAAAGAACAUCUGGAACUCUAAGUAACUGACUCUAAAAACAAAAUCAGACUGUUGAACUCCAAUAUCAAAUCGUUUCUUCUAUGUGGAGCAGAGACCUGGAGGACAACAGUGGAAACAAUGAGGAAAGUGCAGACCUUCGUUAAUACCUUCUGGAUCCAUUGGCCAAACACCAUGAGUAACCAGGACCUUUGGCAGAGAACCAACCAGCUUCCUGUAGAAGAUGAGAUUCCUGAAUGGCUCUGGAGAUGGAUCAGCUGCACACUCCCCAAGCCAGCCUCAAAUAUCACCAAGCAAGUGCUCUCCUGGAAUCCCCAAGGAAAGAGAACCCGAGGACGGGCAAGAAAUAUGUGGCGCUGAGACCUUGAAGCAGACACCCAAAGAAUGGGAUACACCUGGAGUCAGCUGGAGCGGAAAGCCCAGGACCGAGAUGCCUGGAAGCUCCUGAGCCAGCGGGCCUUCCACCAGUGGCACACCUCACGUCCGGGCAGAGCAGCCUCUGCCCACUGCCUCUGUCGGUUGCAGUCACAGCUGGCGAGUAGGGAGCCCUCGAUGGCCGGUUACUAUCUGCGCGUCAAACAACAAGACCUCUUAUUUCAAGAUUGCCGGUAAUUUGCUCGCAAUGCCCGUGCUCACGAGUCCAGAGAUUGCCAACAAGUUUAAGGAGAAAUGGAUGAUGCUCCAUCCGGAGGAUGUGGACAAUGUCAGCGGCUCGGUUCAUCUUGACGACAGUCUUACCAGCCUCCAGUGGCUUCAGGAUUUUUCGAUCCUGAGCGCCUGCCUGGAAAUACCCCACAGCUCCGGUGAUCUCCCGCAAAACGUCGCGCAUCACAAACACGUGUGUCCACGGGGUAGCAGCUCGCCGGCGAGUCCAACCGCAGGAGAUACGGCUGCUACGGGGAUGCCCCAGAGUCUGGGAAAGCCUGUCACCUCCAGCAGCGUUUCAGCCAUCGUUACUAGCACCAGUUAUCUGCAUCAACCCAUAACCCACAAUCAACAAGUCUCAACACCCAGCAACCCCCAUGAGGAAAUAGACUAUAAGAUCAACCACCAAGUAAAACCUCCGUAUUCUUAUGCCACGCUUAUUUGCAUGGCCAUGCAAGCUAGCAAGAAAACUAAAAUCACUCUCUCUGCCAUAUAUAACUGGAUCACAGAAAACUUCUGCUACUACAGACACGCAGAUCCCAGCUGGCAGAAUUCGAUCCGCCAUAACCUGUCACUCAACAAGUGCUUUAUGAAGGUGCCCAGGCAGAAGGAUGAGCCUGGAAAGGGGGGCUUCUGGCAGAUCGAUCCGCAGUACGCCGACAUGUUCGUCAACGGCGUUUUCAAACGCCGGCGGAUGCCUUCUAAUCAAUUCAGCUCCCUGAGGCAGAGCAAGACGUUAUCUGGUUCAGAGGCUUCUUACUGUCCGAUGGGCCUGGGGUAUCAGAAUGGCUACCAGCUUGACUUUGGGCAGUUUCAGACUAACGGAGGAUUCCAGAGAGGGGCAGGACUAGGCAACAAACGCAAGCAGUCCUCCCCUAAGCGAAGCUGUAAAGUGACAAGGAGGCCCAAAGAAGAGGCGUUUGCCCCUGAGGUGAAGGAGACAGAGGUGCUUAAGGGGGAUUUUGACUGGUGCUCUGUGUUUGAUGAUGUAUUCAGCGGCAGCAGCAGUAACUUCGAGGACCUGGACAUCAACGCAGCACUCAGCUCUCUGGGGUGUGAGCCGGACCUCUCCACGCAGGGCCGGAAUAUGGCUGCUGCCGGCAAGUGGUACGGCGGCGGGUUCGAGCAGCCUUGCGGUUACUUGGAGGGGGGUAGUGCCAUGGGUGUCCUGCCGUACGAGGCCCUGCAGCGGGCCCCCGUGCCGGCACAGCACUUCGAGGAGAUGUUUGUGGAGCCUCCACGACACCCAUGGGAGGAGUUCAAGGAGGAGGCGCAGGUCAUCCCACUUCCACUGGAGCACAGCUUCCCCUUCUGUGAGGGCUUCAUGAACGAGAUGCAGCCUUGGGAAAGGCCAGAGUCAUAUCUGUGACACCCGUCCCCGUGCCAGUCCCUCCUCAAAUGUCCACCUGAUCUGCUGGACCUAAAUAGACACUUCAGUUUUGCUAUAUUAGCAUCAUAAACACAGAUGAACAAUCUGUCUUCUUGAUGUAUGUUUUGUCCUUUGUUGCUUUUCAAACAGAAACUUUAUUAAUUUGCAGUUGAUUCUUAAUUCUUGUGUCGGGCUUUUGGCAUCACCUUGAAGCAUCAUUGUUUUCAAAUGUGUCAGCUAUGUAUGACCUAUAGUUUAGAGACAUUUAUAAAUUACUGAUCCAGAUUAUAUUGCAAAUUUUAAAAGGGAGCAUAUGAAGAAGCACAAAAAAAUAACUUCCAGAUUUCCAUGCACACGCACUUUGACAGACUACAGUUCAUGGAAGGGUAGAGAAAAAUCUACUUCUGUUGCAUAUUCAUUCUCCUUUAUUGUUUCACAGAGACAUGUUAAAGACCAAUAGAGAUUAUUGCAACACAGUAUAAUGCAGUUUUACACAGUUAACAUUGCACAAAUGCUUGAAAUGCCACAUUAUUAUACUUGAAUUAAAUCCAACAACUGUUCACAUCAAUGCAGGUGAUUUGAAAAUUCUUUAAGGGUAUUUGAAAUUUGUAAUGAAGUUUACAAUUGAUUGUCUGUUUUUGCUCAUUCUCAGACUUGCUAUAGCGAAACACAAUUGAUGAGACGUAAAAAGCAUAACCUUGAUUCUUGAUUCAUUUGAAAUUUGAUUGACAAGUACAGUAUCCUGCUGAGGUCACACACGAAGAACUAUUGCUCCUGAUGUUUUUGUGAUAUAAUCCCAAUAAAUUAAAAUGUUCAUUAGAGACUUUGGUCCUCCUUUAUCGUAUAGAAACUAAGUUACAUGUAACCUACCACUUUAUUGUUAUUUGAUUAAAACAAAAAUUGAGUUACUGAUUUGUAUCCAACACAUUUUUGAGAAUACUGCUGAAGGAUUACGUUAAUGCACUGGAAAUCAUUAUUGCUGUUUGCUAGUCCUGCUGUUUAAAAGAAACUAUGGUAGCUACAUAUAGCUUUGUAUGAUUAUUGUCUGUAAGUAUACGUACCUAUUGUAGAUUUUAAAAUGAUUCGCGCCAAGGUGCCAGUGCGUGGCUCCGCUGCUCAGCUAUCAUUGUAAUGCUUCCAUUUUUAUGAUGAAGUUUAAAAAAUAUUGAAUGAUAUUUGAAUUUCAUGAGAAGACAUUUAAUGAAAAUGUUUUUUUUUCUUCACAAUUAUGGCUUCAACAUGCCGAGGUAAUUUCUUCUUUUUUUUUUUUUUUGAUUAUACAUUAGGAUUGUUUCUUUUUUAAGGUGACAUAAACUGAUUGUGUAAAUGGAAAAACAUGAAGAGACAAUGACAGAAGUUUAUUACUAGAACUCGUGGGUCCUCCAAAGGACUAUGAAGUCUGUGCAGUUGUGAUUUUAUAUUAUUUGUAUUCCUAAGCACUCCAUGCA